AUGGGAAGGAAGCACGUGUCUUCGCUAGCCUUUAUACUCCCCCUCUUAGCCAGCACCGCAGAUGCGGCGUCAGACCCCGCCCGGCCGCGGGGUGUUGGUCCGGAGUUUGCAAAGUACUACAAGGAUGCCGAGACAUUCACUUGUAUCUCGAAUCCGGCCAUCAAGCUUCCCAUUGCACGCUUGAACGACGACUACUGCGACUGCCCCGAUGGCUCUGACGAGCCAGGCACAUCGGCAUGCUCCUACCUCUCGCCCCUCUCCCCACCGCAGCCCUUGGGCUUCCAAGGAAAAGACGUCAAUUCCACGCCGGCUCUGCCUGGCUUUUACUGCAAGAACAAAGGCCACCAGCCAAGCUACAUUCCUUUUACCAACGUGAACGACGGCGCAUGCGACUACGAACUAUGCUGUGACGGCAGCGACGAAUAUGAGCGUGUAGGAGGUGUCAAGUGCGAAGACAGAUGUGCGACCAUCGGUAAAGAAUGGAGGAAGGCGGACGAGGCGAGACAAAAGAGCUUGACUUCUGCAAGACAGAAACGGAAGGAGCUGGUGGCUGAGGCUGGCCGUAUGCGCAAGGAGGUCGAGGACCGCAUACAGACGCUCAAGACACAGAUCGAAGGCGCGACACUCAAGGUAGAUGGCCUAACAAAGAGCCUCGCCGAGAUCGAGAGGGCGGAGCGAGGCAAGGUCGUCAAAGGCGCAGGAAAGGGCGGCAAAGUCACUGUGCUGGCCAGUUUGGCCAAAGAGAGGAUCCAAGAGCUCACCGAGAACGUCAAUCGUGUGCGAGACGAGAGGAACGCAGCACAAGCCAGGAUCGAGGAGCUCGAGGGCAUGUUGAAGCGCUUCAAGGAGGAGUACAACCCCAACUUCAACGACGAGGGUGUGAAGCGUGCCGUGCAGGCCUGGGAGAACUACGCAGCACAAGAGCGUACAGGUCCCAACACCGCUCUCGACCGCGAUCUCGAUGAGAUUCUGAAGCCAGACUCUGAGAGCGCUAUCAAGUGGGAAGAGUUCGAGACAGUUGAAGAGUCCGAUGUAGAGCUUCUCUACAAAUUCGAAGAAUACCUCCCCGACUCUAUCCGUAGCUGGGUGGACAGCAAGCUUCGCGACUUGCGCGUCAUGCUCAUCGAGAACGGUAUCCUUGCAGACCCUACGACUGGCGACGCACCUGAAUCCAAGGCCGUUACCGACGCCAAGUCGCAGCUAGACUCUGCGAAGAAGGAACUCGAGGGAGACAAGUCGGAACUUUCAAAGCACGAGGAAGAUCUCACCAAAGACUACGGCCCAGACUCUAUUUUCCGCGCCCUGCGAGACCGAUGCACAUCCACCGACUCCGGCGAAUACACAUACGAGCACUGCUUCCUUUCAAAGACCACUCAGAAGCCUAAGAAGGGUGGCGGUCACACUGGCAUGGGUAACUUUGCACGCAUUGAAUCCAUCACCGUCGAUGAAGAGCUUCCUGCCGACGGAAGGGGCUUGGGCAGCGGUGAAAGAAUCGCGCUCAAGUACGAGAACGGCCAGCAUUGCUGGAACGGACCGAACAGAAGCACCAUGGUCAUCUUGGCCUGUGCAGAGAAGGAUGAGAUCUGGAAGAUCGUCGAAGAGGAGAAGUGUGUAUACCGAAUGGAAGUAGGUACGCCUGCCGUCUGUGGUGUCGACGUACAGAAGGCUGCGCCGGCGCACAACGAGCUGUGA